GUAUGUAAACCUAACACUGACCAAGGUGAUCUUUAACAUUUAAUAUUAAUAUUUUAUUUCAUAUUUUACUUUGAGAUGCGUUUUAAACUAUUUUAUUACGAUAWAUAAUUGUGAAAAGUUAAUGUAUCUUUUCAAAAACUAAAGUAGUAAUUAAGAUUCAUGUUAUUUUCUUACAAAAAUCCUUUGUGUUUGUGUCUCUUUGAAUGUUAACAGUGUGCGUAUGCUCGAACCACUGCUCAAGCCUUUAGACACUUUUUCACCCAUAAAAAUGCCCCCGUUUUUGACUUACAAGUAAAAUCAGAAUAUAUUUGAGUUUGUAUCUUCAUCUUCACAUUAAAUACGAUUUUGAACAGAUUGUGGUUCAUUCACAAGAGUCAAACUACAAAAUAAAACUCUAAUGUAAACUUUGUUUCUGCUGAUAAUUAGAAGUUUUUCCAUUGAGAGAGAUCCAAACAUAAUUUAAUCCUAAUUUAAAUGUAACGAACACUUCCUCUGGUGCUCACGUAUUCAUUUAGUUGGAGUUCUUAAAUGUUUUGUCUAUUAACUCCUUGCACAUUUUCAGUGAACGGUACAGCAUUCAGUUGUUAUGUAAGACUGGGCCUCAUUAGUGACAGCCAGUCUGUUGUGUUCCUGUUUAUGUUGUGUGUGCACUCGCAGGUUAAAUAUGCUCUAAUUGUUGACGUAUGUCAGUGCUGUGCUGAACCGGCAGCUCCACAGGCAGGAGUUUAUGGAGUUGUGGGAUUGAGAGUCACCACGAGAGGGAGGGACUUAGGCAGCGGUACAAUGCUGGUGUUUGUGCAACGGCCACUGAGUGGCGGCUGGUCUUCUCGCUUGACUACCGCCGCUGCAAGCAUUGUUUGGGAGGAAAGGAAAGUGGACAGCUUGAUCCUGUGCGUGGGAUGCAUCAACAAAGACAGAGGGAGAGAGCUCUGAUUUGAUGUGGAAGUGUACCAAAGCAGAAAAACUGGUCACAAGACGCAGAUACAGAACUGGUCUUUUGUAUCACAUAAGGGGUCAUCCACGCCUGGACUAACUGGGACAAAAAGAAGACAUUCCUGUCCCCCAAAAUUAGAAGAAGCUGUGAAUUUUAUCUGUGGUCUGAGUGGGCAGCCGAGGGCUGCGCUGUGGAGGGGGACCGAGGGCAAAGACGGGGAGGAGUACAAGGACGAGAGGAGCAGUGAGCCAGAGCGAGGAGCUCCAGAACAACCAGGAUGGGAGAAAAGAAAGUGAGUCUCCCGGCUAAGCUGAUUAAUGGGGGCGUGGCGGGCCUGGUUGGUGUGACAUGUGUAUUUCCUAUUGACCUGGCAAAGACCCGCCUCCAGAACCAGCAGGGCGUCCAGGUCUACAAGGGAAUGUUUGACUGUCUGGCUAAGACUGUCCGGUCAGAGGGGUAUUUUGGCUGCUACAGAGGUGCAGCAGUGAACCUCACAUUAGUUACACCAGAAAAAGCAAUCAAACUGGCAGCCAAUGAUGUCUUCAGGCAAAAGCUCUCAAAAGAUGGGCAUUUGCCCCUGUGGGCGGAGGUACUGGCUGGGUGUGGGGCCGGGACUUGUCAGGUGGUGGUCACGACUCCCAUGGAGAUGCUCAAAAUUCAGCUGCAAGAUGCAGGAAGGCUUGCUGCACAAAGACCUGCGCCUGCUCCGGCUCAGGCUGCGGCUCCUGGUCCUGCUCCAUCAAUCGUAGCCCCGCCUUCUCAAGCCCAACCAGCUCGUCCUCAGAGGACCUCGGCCACGGGCAUCACUGUGGAGCUUCUGAAGACUCGUGGCUUGGCGGGCCUCUACAAAGGGGCAGGAGCCACCUUAAUGAGGGAUGUCCCUUUCUCGAUGAUCUACUUCCCUCUGUUCGCCAACCUUAACGCACUGGGSCAUAAAAGUGCAGGCGGCCACGCUGACGUGCAGGCCCAAGCACCGUUCUGGCAGUCCUUUGUGGCRGGCUGCUCCGCUGGAUCUGUGGCAGCUGUGGCUGUCACACCGCUGGAUGUAAUCAAGACCCGUCUUCAGACUUUGCAGAAAGGAGAAGGGGAGGACUCAUACAGAGGAAUUCUUGACUGCACAAGGCGCAUCAUGAGGCGAGAGGGCCCGUCGGCCUUCCUGAAGGGCGCAACGUGUCGUGCUUUAGUCAUCGCUCCCCUUUUUGGUAUCGCGCAGGGCGUUUACUUUCUCGGGGUAGGGGAGGCAGUUCUGGGUUUGUUGGGCUAACAGUGACUGGUGAUGUCGAUUGCGUAGCUCCUGUGGAAAAUACCACUCUGCUUUCAUCUGCGCAGAAUAGUUCACACGAUCGAGAAAACUUCCACUAACCGAAGGAGAGAUUAUUAAAGAGGUUAUUUUUACUAAGAAGUGGACGAGUUCACACUAUUAAUUCAUUCUUUAGGUUUUUACAUUUGGUCUGCUGGGUUCUGUCGGUUCAACGAGGUCCGGUGUGUGCAACGAAUCUGAGAGUACAGCAUGUGCUCAGAAUCUAUUAGCCAGGGUGCUGCUUGGUGCAAUAGAAUGUCUGAGCCUGCUUCUUUCACCUAAGGGGGGAUUAUUCUGUCUGGCUGUAAUGAAAGAACUCUUGUAUGUGAUUUAUGAGGCUGCUAACUAAAAUGCCUACCUGAUCUGACCUCUGGUUUGGGCAUCAUUUUUACGGGACGUGAGACAUUUCUCGAUCAGUUUCGAACAUUACUUCAAGCAGGUUGGGGGGUAUUUAUCCUCCAAAGCCAAUCGUUUCGGUUUUAUCGUGACAUCUCCUCUAAAACAGAAACCAGCCACCUGCUUACUGUUAUGCAUUCCUCCCACUCCUUCCUGUAGGUCAGAGUUGUAAUCUUUCCCUGGACUGGGAGGAGCUCUCUGUCAAUCUCGCUAAGGUCUUUUGUUAAUCUGAUGGUAAUUCUUUAAUCCCCGUGAUAGCAUACGAUACACCUCCAAACACGGCUCACUUCCUGCUCAGAGGCCACAGGUUCGAUUGCUGAGCUACUCUCGCUUUGACCUUCCCAAAGCUCGUCAAAGUUAAAGUAAAAUAAAUAUGUUGCUUCGAAUGAUAACUGAAACUAAUGCAAUCAACGCCUUAUUGUUACUGACAGUUUGUAAAGCAUCAACACUUUAAGUCUUAAAGGAAUCGAUGUAGCGAAGACAAUUCUAAGUGUUAGGCCCAAGGAGGAAGUAAGGCAGCUUGUCCCGCUAACCGGUAUUACUCCAACCCACAGGUUGACACUAAAAGCUUAUUUUUUUGUACUUUUUAAUACAAGACAGAUUUUUGAUGUGGCUUAUUGUCCCUAGGCUACUACAUUUACCUCCAUUGUAGAGAAUGUAGCCUGAGAAAACUGUUUACAAGAUGUAAAUAAAGAUAUUACAAACUUGCUGAA